AUGAACAAAAUCGGAGCUUUCGUGAUCCUGUCGGUUGUGUUGGUCGGUGCUUUGGCCGAUAAAUACGAAGCCCCCGCCAAGUCCGGUGGAUACGGAGGUCAUGCUGUGGCAGCUGCUGGCCAUGGUGGCUACGGAGCAUCCCACGGAUCAUCCCACCAUGGAGGUUAUGAGGCUGCUUCCCAUGGGGCUUCCCACGGUGGAGCUUCCUAUGGAGGACAUCAGGCUGCUGCUGGUCACGGAUACGGAGCCUCUCAUGAUGCCGGACACCAUGGUGGUCAUGGAUACGCCGCUGCCGCUCCAGCUCACUACGGAGGACACCAGGGAGGACACCAUCAGGGAGGUUAUGGCGGACACUCUGCCCCAGUUGUCCACACCUACGCUGCCAAGGCCCCGGCUGCCAAGUGCGGAGCUAACCUGCUGAUCGGAUGUUCCCCAAGUGUUGCCCACGUGCCAUGCGUCCCAGUCCAUGGUGGACACGGAGGAUACGGACAUGGUCAUGGUGCUGCCGCUGGUGGCCACGGACACGGAUACGGACAUGCUGCCUACUAA